AUAACAGCUGAUAUUUUUGUACGCGAGCUUUCUAUCAAACUCAGAAGACUGGUUUAUAUCUUAAAUAAUAUUUAAAAUUUAACAGUUUUAUAGAAUAUCAGAAAUUAAUAAUGACAUUUUGUGCACAACAUUUUGUUUUUGUAGAAACAUCUGAACAAUCCGAUAAAUUAUUAAUCAAAUGUGAAGACGAAACGCGUCAUCCUCAUUGCCCGCAUGGACCAACUUUGUUGUUUUAUAUGAAAGACAAAGGUCCGGAAGAAGGUUUUUACGCUUGCGCUGCUUACCGUGAUCGAAAACUUUGCAAUUAUCUUGUGCCAGUAAAAGAUUUAAAUUCGAAGCACUUAAAUCGUAUAUAUUACAACUUGGGACGGGAAUAUAGAGCCAUAAGAGAAAAGUUUUGGGAUGAAACCUAUGAAAAAGAAAAACACUAUUGUUUAACAUGUAAUGUUCCAUUAAAAGAGAGUGAUUUGCAGCCACAUACAGAACACAAUUUACUACGUUCUUUAAGCGAAAAUAGUUUAAAAGAUCCAACCUCAUUUUUACUACCUAUAGACAAUGCUAAGGGAAACGCUCAAUAUUACUUUGAUUUAAAAGCUUUAAAAUUCUUUGAAAACUGUUUAAGGAAACUGGAAAUAAGCAAAAUACUUUGCAUCGGAGCUCCUCGAUUACAUGGUUAUUUACGAAAUCAUUGCAAGGAUUGGUUGCACAGUUUUUUGCUCGAUUUGGAUCAUCGGUUCCACUACUUUUAUGAUGACGAAGAAUUUGCCUGGUAUAAUAUGUGCAACAAUUUUUUCUUCGACGAGUGCCAAAGACGAAAAUUUAUAAGAUUUUUCAAAAUUAAAAGCUCGCAACGCCUGCUUCUAUUCACAGAUCCACCUUUUGGGUGCCGAACAGAACCUAUAAUUAACACUUUGCGCGGGCUUAGUAAGCUCUUUAACGAAAUCAACCUUUUGCCUCACCAGCCGUUACCUACCUUCUGGAUUUUUCCAUACUUCUCAGAACAAUACAUACAAGCAGAAUGCUCGGCGUUUGAAAUGUGCGAUUAUAAAAUCAAUUACAUUAAUCAUUUAUCGUAUACGGAUAAUGGACAUAAAUUUCGUAAACUCGGUUCGCCCGUACGACUUUUCACAAAUGUGCCUUUGGAAAUGCUUAAGCUGCCAGUCAGAGAAGGAUAUAAAUAUUGUGCGAGAUGUGAACGUUAUACAGCUUUGGAAAAUCAUCACUGUAACAAAUGCAACAAAUGUCCUUCAAAAAAUGGUGCCACCUAUCGGCAUUGCUUAAAUUGCGGUAUAUGUGUUAAGCCCUAUUACGUCCAUUGCGUUAACUGCCAACGUUGUACCCAAAAAGAGGGCCACAAUUGCGCAGAAUAUCAGACCAAGCAGACAUGUCGGACAUGCAACAAGCAAGGGCACACUGAGCUUAAAUGCUCACUUAGGAAAGUGUAAAAAGUAUAUGGAAUUGCGCACGAUUCAAGCUCAAUAUAUGUGAAAUUUAAAUUUUGAAAUUCAUGAUAAAAUACACAAAGUAAUUAUGUAUAUGCUAAAUAAAAAAAAAGGUUUUAAAACUUUGAAAAACUUUCAGUUUACUUUAAACAUUUCCGUGUAUUCUAGUUAGCAUUUUAAGCAGAUGUAAGAUUAAUUGAUAUCUUAAAGUUAGCCUUCAUUUCUCUCGUAAAUGUAAUUUCUAUUCUAUCUUGUAUUUUGUUCUAAUUUUA